GGACAAAAAGCAGCAGCGAACGACACCGUCGACGCGUGUAGACAUCGCCGAAUUGAAGCAUUGUCAAACCAGAUCAACGUUAGAUCUGGAUUCCGCCUCCGCCGAUGCGCGUACGUACGAUAUCGCGUGCACAUGUGUGAGCUGUGGUGGUGGCGGUGGCGGCGGUUAUGCGGUGAUAGAGUUGAAUGAGAGUGACUCCGCCCCCGGGACCGGCCGGUUCCGUGCGCUGAUUGGCUCGAUCGUUUCCCCUUCUAUCCGUUCGUUGGAAGCGGCUAGGGUUAGCGCGCGCGCGUGCUAUGCCUACCUGUUGGGAGAUCGUCUCUCGUCGUUGGAUUAAGCAAGCAUGCUGUCUUUGCCGUCUGCGCUUCGCACUGUAUUCUCUGGUUGGGUGACGAGGGCUACACAUACUACCGCAAGCGUGGUGGAUUUCUACGUUGGGUGUACGAUGGGGUGGUUUUACUGUGGACGCAAUGUAGACAAGAGACUGGAAACCAAUACCAGCGAGGGUAUGUCUUGACUUGACUGCUGAAUCUUCGUGCUUGGCAAGGGGUCUUUUUUGUCUUCUUGUGGUGUGCCGAGCAGCUCGGCGGUGAUUUUCGGUUUCAGUUACUGAAUGUGCGCGCUCUCGAUCACAUGGUGUGGUGCGUUGUGGAACGAGAGAAGGUUAUUGUUUUGAACUCCUCUCAACCGGUUGAGUCUUCGAGUGCUGGCUGGUGCCUUAUGCAGGUCGUAAGAAGACCCCGCCGAGUGGUUUAUGUGCAGCAGCCGCGGCAGCAGCAGUAGUGACCAGCUGGUGCACCGAUAACGAGGUAACCACGCGCCUUCCUCAUCAGCAGUAGUGUUGCGCUUUGUGUUUCGUGGUGGUAGUGGUGGUACUUGCUGGUGGUGACGAUACCCCGGUGGGUUCUGGCGAGCCCUUCUGGUGCAGGCAAUCAGUGAUCCGGCAGCGUGCGGGGUUAACAGUUCCGAAACCCCGGUUCAGCGAAACGGUUUCCGCUUUUUCAGUCUGUAUUGUACCGUGAACGCAUCGCGUUGUCGUGACGGAUAGAUUGCGCAUGCGCAUUGAUAAGGGUGUGAUAUGUUUUCUUUUGUUGCAAGAUAAACACAAACAAAUUCGUGCUCCUCAGUGAUAUACAGUGAAUAAAAACACAAAGCAGAAAGCAACGAGAAGAGAUAAUUGGAUGCGUACGUUGGAAGAUAGUUCUCCUCGCAGCUAAUCGUUGGUAAACAGUGAAUGAAUUGCAAAUUAACGAGUGACUUCAAAUUGAAAGCAGAACAACCAGAACACAAUAACAACAAAUAGGCGAAGAUCUCGUCCGAAGGGCAGGAACAUAUGCUGCUGUUGCUCCGUCCCGAGUGCUGCUUAUCAGAUCAGUGUUAAUUGUUUCCCCACGCGACCGAUCGUUCGUGGAGCAACAUCGCCUCGUGCUGGUGAUCUGUUUCUGAAAAUUGAUAGUGAAAACAACCUCACUUUUGUCCAAGGGUUUUUUGGAUGAACUGGAUUCUUGUCGAGUGGAGCAGCAAACGCGCGUGCACAGAUCACAUGUGAUCCGAUCAUCGUCUCCUCGAGAGCUUAGAGCGGCGUCGAUAAUGUGGUGAUAAUACGGUUAUAACGAGGAACACAAACAGAAGGCAGUUGACUUUUGACAGCUACGGUGAUUUCGGAGUUUUUUAGACCCAGUUUAGUGUUUGGUCCAGUUCGGUGCCGUGGCACCUGGUGUAAUUGAGCCCGGAUAACGAGAGCUCCUCAUCCGAUCGGAUCGAUCCGGUGUUAAUCAAAUUUACUCUUUGGAAAAGUGUUUAACGCAAGCGUGCUAUGGAUAGCUGAAUGCAGCAGUGAGAAUUGAGCUGUUUAAGUUGAAAAGACGUGAAUCAAUCGAAUACACUUGGUGUGUCAAUUAGAGUGUAAUAAAGAGGUACAAAUUGAACGGUGACUAGGAGAAUAAAUCAAGAUGAAUCAGCAGUGUAAAGUGUGUGGAGAACCGGCGGCUGGUUUCCACUUCGGAGCGUUCACCUGCGAAGGAUGCAAGUCAUUCUUCGGGCGGUCAUACAAUAAUCUUUCGUCGAUAUCCGAGUGCAAGAACAACGGGGAAUGCAUCAUCAACAAGAAGAACCGAACGGCUUGCAAGGCUUGCCGGUUACGCAAGUGCCUUAUGGUGGGGAUGUCCAAAAGUGGCUCCCGCUAUGGCCGUCGUUCCAAUUGGUUCAAGAUUCACUGCCUAUUGCAAGAGCAGCAGCAAGCCGCUCAACAGCAGGCGGCCAAUCAUAAGGCGGGAGCUCCUCCAGUCCAUGGGAUGUUCGGACCACCCGGGGCCUAUCCACAUGCAAUGUACUCAAGACCGCCCUGCACCAAGGAAGAACUAAUGCUCCUCGGCCUGGAAGAAUACAGCAAACACCCAUCGGCAUCGCCAUCGGUUAGCUCCCCUGAUAGCCACAACUCGGACAGCUCCAACGAAAUCAACGACCGGCGGAACGCUUUGCUCCGGCAGGGAAAACUCCACGAUGCACCAACGAUCAACAAGGAGUUAUUCCUUCCGCUUCCCUUCGGAGGUCUACCGUUGAUGCCGCCACCGGGCUUCCUACCUCCGUCACACCUCAUGUUCCCUGGAUUCCACCCAGCACUAUAUCCACACCACCAAGGUCUGUUGAAACCCGCUGAUACCCCAAUUAUCAGCAGUUCACCACUUGCCAACAACAACAGCCGCUACACACCAAAUCAUAACACUAGCAGCGCUAACACCAACACUACACCCACAGAAACCAAGUCUCCGGAUUCUUUCUCCAAACGUUUCUACCUAGACGCCGUCCUGGAAUCCCAGCGGUGUCCCAGCAACGAAACGGCUGGCAGCGCCAAAGAAGAACCCGAACCGGAAGAAGUGGUCCCAGCUACCAUGACUCCUCCUCGAUCACCUGCCGUCGUGGCAGGCCCUCAGCAGGACAAUCCCAUCGAUCUGAGCAUGAAAACCGGCAGCAGUUGUUCUUCGGAAGAUCACCGGACUUCCGUUUCCGGCGCCGAUAGCGACGAUGAACAACUGGUCGUCGUUACCAACGAUCGCAACUCGCCACUCACCAAAUACACCAACAACAACUCUCUUCCUAACAAUCACCAUCACAAUCACAUCAGCAACAACCACCACCAUAAUCACAACCACCAUCACCACCAGCGGCAUCAAAGUUCCUCGUCGGCCGGCCAUGGGAGUGCAAGCGACUCCGAUAUCGAAGACCGGGAAACCGAAUACGAACGAGAAGUCAAACGGAUGAAGCUUCAAGGAACCACUCCGCUGGAUUUGACCACCAAGGUUUGAUUCCCCGGCGCGUGGACGUUCCACACAACAUCACCCACCAAAAUCGCAGAUCUCGCCCAAGACGAGAUGCGCGCACCGCUGUACAGACUCCUCCAAGGUGGGGUUAAACCCGAAUCGUUGAAAUCCGUUGUACAUAAUAGCAACUAGGCAUAGCAUUAGAUUAGUAAGGAGCUGUUGAUCUGACGAAAGGGAGAUAGAUACAGAGAGAGAGAGAGUGCCUCAUGACAACCGAAGUAGGGCCAGUUUGUGACAACAAUCGAAUAACAUGUGCCAGUAGCGUUUUACCCUUUUUAUUGUGUUAUAAAAGAUUUUUAUUUUGUAAAAAUGAAACAACUAUUCUGUGACAUUCCGGCUGCGCAUGACAGCGCACGGUUAGGAUCUAGGAGUUUUGAUUUGUAAGGACAAUGUGGUCAGUAAGAAACCGAAUCGGUUCCAAUUUCCGACGGUGGGGUCGGAUGGAUUCGAAGUAAACCAAAUUUAUCGAUUGUACGGUAACAGUUAGGGACAAAGGACAUGGUGGUGCAUGGAAGUCGUGUAAAACUUUAAAAAGACAUCUACGAGGUUGAAAUUAGAAAAUUUAUUCGAUGAGUUUGCCCACCGAUAUUUUCUGUUAUGUAUGUUAAAAACAAACGCCGUUGUAUUUUUCAACAUAAGACACACUCAAUCAAUAUUUUAUUGUAUCAUUUUAUGCCAAAUACAAACUACAACAGAUCAUUUAAUAGUUACUACAUGAACUCAAAUAUUUAUUCAGCUUCCUCCUUAGUAACAUGAAUCACUCCUCGAGAAAGACUCCAAUCGUUUCCUUCUACUCUUGCCAUGACGUCAGCCUUGAAGACCUACCAGGUCUACAUUUCUCAAGACUUGUUUAAACACUCAACAAAAUGCUCUGAAUCAUUCCCUGCCACACACUGACUGUCACUCCAGUGCAUCCAUUUUCCAAACUCAUGCAUUCCGUCCGAGUGCAGUCAUUUAUGUCAUCUCAAUGGGCACUCUGUCCAUCUGAGUAUUCUUGCAACCCCAGAGCGCGACAAGAUAGUCGUUCGGCUACUGGAAUUCUCCUCCGCGCGCCAAUCUCCAUCCAAUCCAAGCCAAACCAUCAGAAACGAAUCAUCGCUCUUCCCAUUUCCCAAACGACCCCGAACGCUACAACAAAUUGUGCCGUCACCUAGAGGUGUGAAUCCGAUGCAAAACGUCUGAGAAACGCAUAAAAAUCUUGAUAUAUAUUGCGAGCGUAAAUCCAGAAAUCGCCCGAGGGCAUCCAUUUCAAUAAAUCUGCACGGGGAAGCAAGAGUUCGCGCUCAACUCAACGACCGAGAGCCAAGAGCGUCUUUCCGACUUAAUACCUCUCAUCGUAAACCUACACAUUUUCCCGCGCUGCGGCUGCGGCUGCUGCUGCAGCCACCACAGUAGUGUAGCACUCUGAUUCCGUCCUCAGAUCCAGUUCAUCUCAUAAGACACCGCACAACAACACCACCCCUCCCUUCUUCACCCACCCAAAACUUUUCGGUGAGAAAAGUUUCUCUCAGGCUUCGACUCGAACGGAUCACAAAUCAUUCCUACCCCCAGCAAGCCGCCGCGCCACCACCGCGUGAAACCCCAACCCGCCACCCAUUCCUUAAUAGACCAAUUUCUCAUCAUGUGAUGAUGAUAAAAUUAAGCUUGUAAACUUUGGGAGCAAAACACUCACGAACAUACUCACAGAAAAAAAACCUCCUCUGCUAGAGCAGUCACCAGUGGACCAGCUCAACCUGGCGCUUGGUACGCUAACUAACUACUGCAAACACCCAAACGACACACGCACAUACACAAACACAAGCAAAGACAGACAAGAGAAGAAAAAAAGUUGUUAAAUUAAGGUUAGUUAGUCCAAUGUGUAGUUUAAUUUCGUUUUUAAGUGGAACCCAUAAAACACGCAGUGGAAUAGACAAACAUGGGCACAACGCGCACACAAACUCGACAAUCUUACACAGAGCAGCGAAAGAUACCGAUAGAGAGAGAGAACCGUCCUUGCAGCUCGGUCCCGCAAUAAAUAGUCUAGAAGAUGAUAAAACAAACAGCUGAGUUGAGGAAAGUGGUUCAGCAUCCACCGCGAACCCUCAUAACUAGGACGCACCCAAAGCCGGUGUGAAAAUUCGCCUCGUAGACCGAAAGUGAUCAGUUUUUUUUUUUUUGGGUAGGUACCAACCCAUUUGCGAACUUGUAUGUUUUGUGACAUAGUGGAUAGAUUAUUUAAACAGUAAACGGCAUAUCACGAGAACACACAAUAUUAUAUUUAAGAACCAACGACGAUGGUCUUUGGAUUUUUAGGCAAAGCGCAAUGGUUUUAGCUAGCGGUAGGUAAAUCAAAUUGUUGACUAAUGUAAAAAAGUGUUUAGCGAGUAAGAUGUGGAAAAGUUUUUGAAAAUGUAUUUACCAUAUAUGCGGAAAGUGAAACUCUUUUGAAAGACGAGAAUAAAUAUCCUGUUGAAGGACCUUAUUUAAUUCGAAA